UUGUUUUCUCAAUCAAAAUGUUUGCUCCCUCAUCCGUUGACUCGUUUGUCAGUUGAUCAUUUCGAACCAGAAUUCCAACGAGUUAUUCCGGAAACUGGAACAUCACCUGAUAAUCCACAAAUUGCGAUACGUGUAAAUUCAAGAAACAAACGACUCAUUUAAUGUAAAAUAAGGUUUAUUUAUUCAAAAACGAGUAUUUGGAAGUUUCCAAUUAUUUUUUUAUUUUCCAGGAAUCGAAACGCGCGUUGGUAAUGGCUAGCAGAGUUGAACAACUUCACAAUGUUUAUUGGGAGAAUGGAGUUUUGACACAAGAAUUGCCGAAAUUGGAUCAAAUCAAACAACAUGUUAAAGAAUCAAUCAAAUCAUUGAGACAAGAUCAUCGCCGUUAUCUCAAUCCAACACCAUAUAAGGUACAAUUUUUGGGAGGAUUUUGA